AUGGCAUCCUCCGAGCAAGCCAUGUCCCCAGCGGACACCACCGCAGACUCCGACUCCACCAUCUAUAUCAGCCCCGAUGCCACCGACAAGAUAGCCCUGCGCAUCGAAUACCCCGUGCCCUCCUCUGCUCUGGAGACCCGGACCAGCCCCCUCAUCGUCUCGAAGGCAGUUCUGAUGGAUGCGUCCCCGGUCUUCAACCGGAUGCUCACCAACAACGCCUGGCAGGAGGCGCAGUCUCUCACCGCCACGGGUUUCGUCCACCUCACUAUCGACGGGAACCUCUACAGCGAGACUGCGUUCAUUGACAUGAUGCACCUAGCUACCGUGUUGGAUUACUGGGGCUGCGGGUGGGAUCGAGUGCCCGACAUGGACACCAGCAUCGCGCUGGCCCUGAGAAAGGAUCCGUACUGGGUCGACCUCGACACGGCCAUGGAGUGGGCCUGGGUGGCGUGGUACUUUUGGGACACGGACGUCUUCGAGCAGGUCACGGCGUAUGUGAUCGGGCAUUCGGAAGAUAGAAUCAGUGCUCAUCCGCUUCGUCUCCCUGAGUGGGUAGCGAGGAUGAAGAAAUGCCGAGAGCGCGCAAUCAAGGACCUUCUCAAGCCUCUCCGGAACGCCCGGAUGAACAGGAUGCCACCAAAAUUCAUCGACGCCGAGCCCAAUUCCGAGCCAUAUCGCGGCGCGGACCGGUGCAUGCGCGUUAUCAAAGCAACGAUCCCCAAGCUGCACCAGGAGGGGGGAUCGCUGUAUUCGUUGCCCGCGCCCCCGUAUGCGGGGUGCAGCUUUAGGCAGCUGAGCCCCGCGUUAUCCCGCGUUGUGCCUAAGGAGCUGGAGUCGGAUCUGAUGAGCCACGAGCCGUACGGGCAGUGCCUGGGGCCUCUUAGGACCUUGCUUCUUGGGCUGCGAUGGGAUGGGAUGAAGAUGAAGCGACUGACGAUGAACGAUGUUGGUAUUGUCAUCAUCGCGUCAGCGAUGGAAGCUUGCCUUGUUGGUAGCGCUCGGUUUUAG